AUGCUUGCCGCUGUCGCUUCGCAAGCUCGCUGGAAGCGGAAACCAACAAAUUCUGUUACUAUUCGCCAGAGCUCUAAUGGAUUGUGCGACGGCCACUCGACAAAUGAGUUUGUGGCGCACCCAGAGGUUUGUCGGUCCUUCUAUCUAUGCGGAGAGAAGGGCGAUGCUGUGUUAGCGUUUUGUCCGCCUACAAUGCUCUUUAACCCGGAAAAAAAACUGUGCGAUGCUGCAGAAAAUGUAAGCUGCAAUAACAUGAACGACGGCACCACUAGCACCAACAGCCCACCUUCCUCCUCUGGCAAUGACUUUGAUAAUAUAGUCACAGAUCCGGCAACCUACUGUGCCUCGCUAAUGCCACAGCAAGCUAACGAUCGUAUUGUGUAUAUUGGCAGCUCAAGCAGCUGUAGUAGAUACUAUAUUUGCUACUAUCGACAGGCCAUAAUGCAGGAGUGUAGCGCUGAGUUGCACUGGAAUUCGUUGACAGCCAAGUGCGACUUACCGGAGCGAGCACAAUGUACUUUGGAGCAGACGAUUCGGCCCCCUAGUAGCAAUUCAAAUAUAAAUAGUGAAUUAAUACACUGUCCUACUUAUGGUCAACAUCUGUACCCAUACCUGAAGCGAUCUCAAUUGAAGGAUUAG